AUGAUCCGGAAAGGCUCCGCGCGUGUAAGCCCGCGCUCCCUGAAGCAAAUCCAUGGGAACCUGGUCGUCAAGGGCAUCGCCUCGCGCCUCCAGCCCCUGCGGGACCUGCUACUCGCGUGCGUCUCCUCGUUCCGCGGCACCAUGGGCUACGCCCGCAAAGUGUUCGACGGAAUCCCCCACCCGGACCUCUUCAUGCACAACGUCAUGGUCCGCGGCUACGCGCACGGCGGCGCGCCCGCCGCGGCCUUCGCCUUGUACCGACGCAUCAGGACGGCUGGCCUGAGGCCCGACGCCUUCACGUUCUGCUACCUCCUCCGGGCCAGCGCUGGCUUGCCAGGCUCUUGCGCCGGGUACCAGGUCCAUGGCGUCGUCCUGAAGCUGGGCUUCUUGAAUGAUGCGUUCGUGAGGAAUGCGCUUAUCAACAUGCAUGCCAAAUGUGGGGAUUUGAAGGUGGCCGGUGCGCUUCUUGAGGAGGCCGGCGAGGGGGAUGUCGUGGCGUGGUCGGCUGUCAUAGCGGGGCAUGCCGCUAGAGGUGACUUGAACAUUGCUCGGCAACUGUUUGAUGAUUGUCGGCACAAAGACUUGGUGUGUUGGAAUGUAAUGGUGGCAGCGUAUGCUAAGCAUGGGGAAAUGGAGAAGGCGAGGGAGCUGAUUGACCGUGCGCCGGAGACAGAUGUGGUUUCGUGGAACACUAUUAUCACAGGGUACUCCACGAAGGGGAUGCUGAAGGAAGCAUUGGAGGUGCUUGAUGAAAUGAAGUGUGCGGGCUGGUUGCCUGAUGAGGCAACUAUUGUUAGCUUGCUUUCGUGUUGUGCGAACUUAGGGUCGCUUGACACAGGGAGGAUGAUACAUUCAAUGCACUUGGAAGGUAGACCGUGUACAAGUAUUGUGCUUGGAAAUGCAUUGGUAUCAAUGUAUGCAAAGUGUGGAGAUCUGCAGGCUGCAUUGGAAGUCUUUAGCAGGACGAAGGAGAGGGAUGUUUGGACAUGGAACUCGAUCAUCGGCGGGCUGGCCUUCCAUGGGCAAGCAGAACAGUCCAUCCAAUUCUUCAAUAAAAUGCUUCAACAAGGAAUGUGCCCAAAUGCUAUUUCUUUCCUCUGUGUUCUCGGUGCAUGCAGUCAUGCCGGAUUAGUUGAAGAUGGUCAGAGAUGUUUCUCUUUGAUGAAAGACAGGUACAAGAUCGAGCCAAAUGCAAAGCACUACAGUUGCAUAGUGGAUAUGCUUGGCCGUGCAGGCUUACUGGAUGAAGCAUUUGCAAUUCUGAGCAGCAUGAGGUGCGAACCUAGUGCAGUCAUAUGGAGGACUCUGCUUGGUGCCUGCAAGAUCCACGGGAAUGCAGCCCUUGGCAAACUUGCCAGGGAGAGGCUUCUAAAAAUGAAUGAAGAUGCAAGCGAAGAUUAUGUGCUGCUCUCUGGCAUUUACGCGUCAUGUGAUGAAUGGUUUGGAGUGGAGACAUUGCGGGGAUCAAUGGAUGAAAGGGGGAUAAGAAAGGCUGCUGGUUUUGCCCAGGUUGACCAUAAAACUUCCUGUCUUUCAGCAUUGUGA